AUGAAAGGUAGAGGAGGAGGUGGUCGAUCAUCAGGUGGAAGCAGAAGUUCCUCCUCGUCCUUUAGAUCUUCUUACUCGGUUGGUUUUUAUAUUGGUGGUGGAUACUAUUACUCUAGAAAUGGUGUAUCUGGAGGCAUCUGGUGGAUUCCAUUUACAGUUAUAAUUGGAAGCAUUUUACUCUUGGGAAUAAUUGUUGCAUGCCUAGUAAAAUACAUGAAUAUACGAUGCUAAACAGCUUGCUGUAUUUUACUAUGCUGCAAAUGUGGGUCAUACCGAGAAUAUGAGGAUGAGCUGAAUAAAUAAGAAUAGAAAAGACUAGAAAUUCCAUAAACUGUAAAUCCAAACUUUAUGGCAGGCGCUACUGUUAUUGACAGAACGGCUGAAAUAGAAGCACAAAUGAAAGCUCAGUAAAUGGGCAUAGCUUAGCCAGGAAUGAUGAUGCUAGAUCAGAAUUAAAAUAAUUAAUACAUGAUGAUAGAUGAUUCUGCAAAAAUGCAAAUGUUCCAACCUUCUUAUCCUCCUCCAGGAUAAGGUUAUCCUUAAAUGAUUCCAAACGAUAAUCAGUAGUAUGCCAACAUUUAGCCAGGACUCUACCAGAUGAAUGAUUAUUCAAUGAAUUCUGUAGGCUAUACGAAUAAUGGUCAGAACUCUACUUAAGGGUACCCAUAAGGAUUUAAUAUGCCUGUUGGUAAUGAUUUAAAUACUUAUCCUCCAUCUUAGAUGGGAGCCUACCAAUAGUAUCCUCAUUCAAAUUUGGAAUCAAUACCAGAAAACUAAUACAAUAAUCAAUGA